AUGUGUCUUACACUCCUUGAGCCUCUGCAUGAGCGUCUAAUUGGUUUCAUCGCCACACCACUCCAUCUGCACGAUUCUCCUUGCCCGAUGCGUCGAAGUUCUUCAUCUUUUCCGAUUUGAAAACAAAUGAAGACCUACGUGGCAAAUUUCUGAGGAAUCGACGUGUUUACAUCAAAGGUCAUUUCUCGUUUUGUUUAUCGCAUUCCGGCUUUAUCUUUUCACUUUUCACUUUCUCAUUCAGCAUUUUUUUGCCAAAUCUCUUCAAAGUAAUCUAUUUUUUUAUAUGGUAUUAUCAAAUACCCUUUUCCUGAAUGAUUUUUAUUCAACUUCAGUCUGUUCAACAAACCUUUAUUUUCGAAAAAGGUAAAAUUUUGACCUUCAAUUACACUGAAAAUGUCUCUUCGUCUUAGAACCUUGAAAAAUUACAUUUUUCUACACUUUUAAAGCACCACAAAAAAGUUUUUUGAACGAACAUACGAGAAGCUCAUAGACCUAUUUUCGAAACUGUAAAAUUUUUUUCUCCUGAAACUUUUAUCUUUCAAUUUCCGAAUGUAAUAAAUCACAGUAUUCUUUUUCUCCCGAGAAGCACGAUUCCACUAGACAACCCGGCUGCUAAGGCUGACUAUCGUGAACUCAACUUUCCGAGUCUUUUUCUUCGAGUUCUUCUGGCUUCUUUUUCGUGUCUCCAAAACACUGAAGAUCCGAAAAGAGCUUCAGAAGACGUUUACAGACAAUGUCCCGAGUGACGCUGUGGCUGCGAGCAGGUAGCGACGGCGUUCAGGUGAGCGGCGAUCCUGCCGGCCACCACCUCUUCAUGCGGCUUCUGUUCCACGCACGACACGACGCCUCUCUCAAGUUCGACGUCAAGACCGUCAACGACAACAGACCUCCACAGGACUUCAAGAAUGUUAGUUCUGCAAGUCCUUUCAACGAAUUGAGAGCGACGGCUUGCAGACAGGUCUUCGGAAGCCGCCAGGUCUCGAGGUAGCUGACGAAGAGCCUCUGCAACAGGUCGACGACAUCCUCAACUUCAUCGACCGCCUUCAACCCGUGUACAAGGCUGACAUGGACGCCGAAGACGCGACCGCCGACCUCUUCUCCAAGUUCGCUUGGUACAUCAAGGAGGUCAACCACGAUCCAAAGGUACUUUCCUUAAUGGCAGAGAACAAGAAUUCGUUAGCUUGCAGUCUUUGAACACGGAACUUCUGAGGAUCGAGAAACAUCUCGAGGCUCACGAGUCGCGCUUCCUCUCCGGAGACGAGCUCAGCCACAUCGACUGCCUCGUUCUCACAAGGCUUCAUUCAAUUCGUAUCGCUGCCAAGGUCAGUGAGUGGGAGGAAAUGAACAGCUGUUUAGUUGGUUGAAGGAGCUCAAGAACUACGAAAUCCCAGCUGAGCUAAAGCUCAUAUGGCGAUACCUGAGAGACGGUUACGCUGAGGAGAUCUUCCGGAUCAGUUGUCCUUCUGAUCAGGUGAAAAAUGGGACUAGAAAAAAAAAACAUCGACCGUUUUCCUAUUUUAAUCGUUUGAUAUUAAAAAAUUUAUUCCACUAAAAUUUUGAUUAUAGCUUUGCAAUCGUUGGUCAUAUUUAUUUUUCUCACGUCAUCUUUCUCGAAAAUCUUUCAUUUCGAACAACCAUUUGUUUUUUUCGUUUUUUUAAAAACAUUUUUAAGCAAAAAAUACAGCCGAAAAACAGAGAAAGGAAAUUGCACCGAAAGAUUAUGACAAAAUCCCGUUUCCUGUUAUUUUAUUUUUAGCCACAUUCCUUUAUUUCUAGUGAAUUAUUCGCUACUGACAUUCCAUCGGGGGUUGAACGAAAGAUCGAGCCUCUUCGGCUUCAGCCUUUGAAAAAGGACCUUGACACGAUAAAAAAUUGAGAGAACUUUGAAGAAAGAACUAAUGGCGCGUUCAUCGGAGAAACGGAACAUGAACGAAAAACGAAAAACCGUGUUCAUCGGCGCGCCAAAGUUGCUCCAAAACAGUACUAUUUUUUGUUUUGAAGCAUUUUUUUGCGCUUCGAAGCAAUUUUCGUUUUUUCGGAUGAACACGUCAUAAUAUAUUAAUGAUAUCAAUUGUAAUUAUCAGAAAAAAUAGAGAAACUUUGACUAACGUCUUCGAGGCUUGAUAAAACCACGAUUUCUUAGAAUAGGGAGCAACAAGAAACGCUCAGACGCGGCCAACCUCCUGCUUUUCCACUUUUACAUUGAAAAACUUGAGAAACCUUAUUUUUCACGUCUUCAUGAAGAAGCUUCAGGAGAUCGUCCUGCACUGGUCAGAUCGACCGGACACGCCCUCCGUGUCGCCGCAGCGCAGGGCACAACUCGCUCGCGAACAGGUCGCCUUCACCUUUUCCAUCCCCCACUGA